GCGCGAAAAUACCUGCUGUUCCGACCAUGUACUCGGAACAUACACAACGAUCUCACUUCCAUCGAGCGGAGACUCUACUAGGGGGAUAGAAAAAGCACGACGACUCGAGCGACCCUCGCUGCUGCACGAGUCAUCCGUUCCCACUCCUCUCUCACCCACCAUGUCCGCCGCCCCGCCCGUCUCCCAGGAGUCCUUCAAGGCGCUCCUCGGCAAGCUCGUCAAGACACCCGAGUACUUCACCGCCGCGGACCUCUCCGCCGCGCUCGAGUGCAUCUUCACCCCUGACGUCGUCCAGCCCGUCCAGAUCGGCUCCUUCCUCACCGCGCUCCACAUCGAGCGUGUCGAGCGCAGGCCGGAGUUCCUGGCCGCCGCGGCGAAUGUGCUGCGCAAGCGUGCGCUGAAGGCCGCGGUGGAAGGCGUCGAAGAGGACUUUGUGGUCGACAUCGUGGGCACGGGCGGAGAUGGCCAUAACACAUUCAACGUGAGCACCACUGCGGCGAUCGUAGCUGCCGGCGCGGGUGCACGAGUGGUCAAGCACGGGAGCCGCGCCUCGACGUCCUCCUCGGGCUCUGCAGAUCUCCUACAGUCACUCGGAUGCUACUUCACUCCCCCGUCCGUCGACACUCCGCUCCCGAUCGCGCGCGUGCCAUUCACCUUCAUCAUGGCGCCGCAAUACCACCCCACGCUCGCGAUGAUCGCGCCCUACCGGAAAGCGCUCCCCCAUCGAACCAUGUUCAACGUCCUCGGGCCGCUCAUCAACCCCGCCCGUCCACGCGGCAUGGUCCUCGGCGUCGCAGAGCGGGAGCUCGGCUCGACCUUCGCGCAUUCGCUGCAAGAAGGCGGCGUGCAACGCGCCUUUGUGGUCUGCGGCGCGGAGGGGCUCGACGAGAUCUCCUGCGCGGGCGACACGCACGUCUGGGAACUUAACAACGGCGUCGUCACCGAGCGCCUCGUGCACCCGCGCGACUUCGGGCUGCAGGCACACCCGCUCGCGAGCGUGGCCGGGGGAACCCCCGGGGAGAAUGCGGCGACGUUCCAGGCGCUCCUGCGGAGUGGGAGCGAUAUCCCGGGACGCCUGACGCCCGUUCUCGAGUUCGUGCUGCUGAACGCAGCGGCGCUGCUGGUCGUUGCGGGUAUCGCGGAGGAUCUGAAGGAUGGGGUGGCGAAGGCGCGGGAAAGCAUCACGUCUGGAAAGGCGUGGAAUGCACUCGAACAGCUCCGGGAUGCUGGCCUGGCGGCGGCAAAGAAAGCACAGGUGUAAGACGAGAAGAAACAUGCGUAAUAUCGUGUAUCUGUAGGUCGCUCGCUUGGGUAUCAUAGAUCUAUGUUUGCGAUGUCGCUC